GUAGAAUGAAAUCCCAAAGUGGCCACGUAGUUUAUAACAUUGAAACCUGAAAACUCCCGAAGCUUCAUCCAGCAUCCACAUCCAGAUAAACGCUGUGGAUUUUCCUAGUAUCCACACAUAAGAGCUUCAGGCUUACCAUUCUUUUCUCGGUUUGUUCCUCUUGCUUUUUUGUCGUGCUCUUCUUAUCUCAGACAAGUUUUCAGAUCGAAAACAGUUUUUUAUUUUGAAUUUGGCAGUACACUACAGGCUGCAGUUUACUUGGUGAGGUUGUUUUUUAUACUUUGAAUAGAGAUCAUUAUCAGCUAAAACAAGUUGCAAGCAGAAGCUAUAUGCGAGGAAUAGCUGCAUUAACACCUGCAAAGAACAAAUUCAAGCAAAUCUACCCUUUGAAAGGAUCAUGGGGUAAUGCAGCUACUUCAACACCAAAGAAACAGAGAAACAAUGAGCCUGGGGAAGAAAGAGGACCAGUUACAAAAGAAAAGGAUGUUCCUGUUGUUGCCUUUAGCCGACCUCCACCACUCCCGCCGGUUGUUGGGCCUUUGGUUCUUCUCUCCUUGCUGGAAACAUGGUCUGGUCGCGAUGGCAAUGACAACUGAAAGUGAGACGAUAUGCAAAAUCAAUCCUACCCAAAUGCCAGUUUGCUGCUGCUGUUAGCUGAUCAUCUCCUUUAUAAACAUGUUUCACAUUGAACCUGACAUUCUGGCCCAUGCUUACAGUAAGCUGA